CGCAGUGCUGACACUGCUGUUCCUCGGAUAGCGGUGUGUUGUGUUACCGGGUGAGGACCCUUCGGACGGGAUAAUCGAGUCAGAGGGUGGGUUGCCCGGAUUUCGAAACGCACCACGACGAGACGAGACGAGAAGACAGUGAAUGCUGAAUGAAACCUACGUUUACGGUGUUUAAUCUUCUCAAGAUAUUGCUCACACUGGACUCGGGUUAGCGGCCGUGAUAAUGGGAACUGCAGAUGCUGGAGAAUCCAAGACAAUGAAAUGACAUUGCAAAUGGAUGAUUUGGUAAAACAAAAUCACAACACCAUCUGACGGUGAUACUUGAUUAAACAGUACCUGGAUAUUGUCGGCAUUGAAUACUGAACAGAGAAACAUCUCUCCACAUAUUCAGGUCCUGAUUAACCCCAGACACCCUGAUGAUGACGGUGGAGUUGGUUUACCCUGGGACCUGAAAACCAGGGAGCUUCGAAUUAUUAACCAAAUCUGGGAAACCUGCCCCUUGUAAGUUCCUGCAAAAGGGGUUCACAAUCCUUUUGGUGUUUGAAGUCAAACUGUGUACAUGGAGGAAAUAAAGAAAUAAGAGUUUGCAAAGUGUCCUCCCCUCCUCCAAAACCCCAGCUGGAGGGCAGCAUAGGUACAGUCUAGGCCUGCUGUCCAGAACAGGCACAGUGUUGCCAGUUGCCCUGGAAACAUUGGCUCGAGUGGAGGUAGGAUUCCCAUGUGCAUGGGCCUGGCUUGCUGCCUGGAACACAGUUACAUUGGUGCUAAGCACAGAGAUUCCUAUUGGCUGCAUCAGACAGUCACCACCUCUUCCUUUGUGGACGUCACAAUGUGGAGGUUGUCCAAUGAGCUUCUGAGUGAAACGUCUGCAUCUGUGUAUUGUCUGAGAGAAAAGCGAUGUCUCCCACUUUCUAUUUCUUUCCUGCUCCUGGGAAGAGGGUGAAUACUGUUCAUCUGCAACAGCUGAAAUGAGGGGAUGUGAAUCCAAGGAGGGGCAGAUUCUGGAAAGGACAGGAAGAAACAUGCAUUGGUCUGUCAAUCUGCAUAAUCAUCUCCUUGAGAGAUUGUCUAUUCAGUACAGCAGAGUGAGGAUAUCCUGAGGGUGAGCAUUUGUACUUGGACAUCUUGUACUUCGAGUCAAGAUGUGAAUCUUGAAAUUCACUUGGACCUGAAUAUUGUCUGCCAUUGAGUCCUUCUAAAGUUAAACGGAAAAGUACUGAGACACACAGCUAAAUGAGUUUGAUCAUCCAUGAUUAUGGGAACAGCUUAAACUGAAAAAUCAUUGCACUUUUACAGUAGGGAAAGACUGUGCACAUGUUUGUAUGCAAGAGGCUGGAACUGGCUGUCAUGGAGAAACCUUGGAAAUGUGGAGACUGUGCAAAGGGAUUCCGGUGCCCAUCUGAGCUGGAAACCCAUCACCUCAGUCACACUGGGAAGAAACCGUUCACCUGCUCCGAAUGUGGGAAGGGAUUCACCAAGUCUUCCAACCUGAAUUCACAUGAGAGAGUUCACACCGGGGAGAGGCCGUUCAUCUGCUCUGAAUGUGGGAAGGGAUUCACUCGGUCAUCUCACUUACUGACACACCGACCAGUUCACACCGGGGAGCGGCCAUUCACUUGCUGUGUGUGUGGGAAGAGAUUCACUAAGUCAUCCAACCUGAAGACACACCAACGAGUACACACUGGGGAGAGGCCUUUUAUCUGCUCCGAGUGUGGAAAGGGAUUUAGUGAUUCAUCCACUCUGCUGACACACCGGAGAGUUCACCUAGGGGAGAGACCGUUCACCUGCUUCGAGUGUGGGAAGGGAUUCACUCGGUCAUCCUACCUGCUGACACAUCAGCGAGUACACACUGGGGAAAGGCCAUUCAUUUGCUGCAUAUGUGGGAAGGGGUUCACUCUGUUAUCCAUCCUGCAGACACACCAGCGAGUUCACAAGGGAUCUCAGGGAUUGGAUUCUGCUCCUCUUUCUUUAGCUAAUCAUGUCCAGGACUGAAUCUUGCUCAUGCUGAGAGAGAUGGAGGAUUUCAUUCUGCUGGACUGGCCGCUCUUCUGACAUUGCUUCAGAUGAGGCUGAUACUCCUUGAGGCUCGAGUGCGCAUUUCCACUGAAAUGAUCCACAAAAACCUUGGCUUGUUGCUUUGUGUAUGUCUCCUGAGGUCAUCUCCCAUCCCCUGAAAGGAUUUAGCCAUGUCUUGCUUCAGUAGUUGUGCUCAAGACUUGUCCUUGGCAGCAAUAACAGUGUCUUUUUCUUGGUCAGCUCCGGAAAUGACUGCAGGAGCUGUAUUUCUAGAUAAGAGUCACUAAAGUGGUGAGGAGAUGGUCAGCAUUCCUCUCACUGUCUGCAGAUGUACAAAAUAAAGGUGACCUGUCUGUUCUAUCUGUAGAAAGAGAGUCAGUCAGUCAGCCAUCCUGCUGGCACACUAGCAAGUUCAGAUGGUAAGAGGCUGCUACAGCCAUUGAAAGAUGGUGGUGGGUGGAGUGAAUGUUUAAGAUGGUGGAUGGGCGCUGAGCAAGACAGCCACUUCGUCCUGUAUGAU